AUUUCUCGUCUGUGUUUGUAUCUUUUUAUCUGAUAUAGUUCUUCAAUCCACCGUUCCUUAAACGUAGAGUGCGCUAAUGGUCAUAUCUUAGUUUAAUAAGCCAUGCACUUACUAUCGAAUGUCAGAUUUAAUUUAGCCUAACAUUGUAAAAAUAAAAGGUUUUUAAAGCUUGAGGUUAAAACAGAAAUAAAAAUGAAUGGAAUUGAUAUAUCAGAGAAGAAGCGAUUAGAAUCAUUAAAACGUAAGAAACAAAUUUUUAGAGCCAAAGAAUUGGCAGUACAAAAUGCACUGAAGAAUUUGGACAAUAACAGGAAUAAGAAUAAAAUAAUAUUUGAUGAUAAUGACAUUAACGACAUAGAACAAUUUCAAACCAAAGAAAAAAGGAAAAAGAAAAACCGUGAUUUAUUUGAUGAUGCUGAUGAUGACAAAAAUGAUAAUGAACCAGUGUGGGAUAACCAUAAAUUUGAUAGUAAUAAAAAUUUCACAGAGAAGUAUCUUGGGAAUAAUAUUACUGAUGAACGGUUCAAGCUUGACAAACGCUUCAUGGAUGAUGAUCAAGAAACAAAUAAAGAUAUCAAUGUAAAUGACAAUGAAAUUGAUCUACAGAAGGAGAAGGAAUUACAAUUAGAUAUUUUAGAAAAUAUUUUAGGAGUACCAAUUACUUCAAAGAACAAAGAUAUAAAUAAAAAUGUAAAAUUUUCAAAAAAAGGAAUGAUUCGAUAUGAUCCCACGGAAAAUGAUCAUAAAGAAUACGAAAUUAACACAGAAAAAUGUGAAAUAGAAACUAAAAACGCUAAAAAAAAGAAGAAAAAUAAACGUAAUAUCGAAGACCCAAUUGAAAAUCCACCUGUGGAAGUAUCAAAGGAUAUAUAUUUUUCUGUAUCAGACUCAUUAUUGAAAAGCUUGAACGAAGGAGGACAAUUUAGUUUAUUAAAAACAUAUGGCAGAGAUAUAACUAAUGAAAAUAUUACAGAUAAUAACAGUAAUGUUUCAAACGUGGAAACUCCAAAAAUUCAAUUAAAUUUUGAUUCAAAGAAAUCAUUUAAGUAUGAUUCUUCCGAAGAUGAACACGAUAGUAAACAAGAAUAUACAAAUAAUGAAAAAUCUACACCUGAUAUAAUAGUAAAUACAAAUAAGUUUUUCUUUGACAGUAAUGAUAUUCGUUUCAAAGAAGCAGAAAACUUUUUUUCGAAAGAACACGUGCCAACGGAUACAUUCAAAGAGCUUAGACAGAAAGUAAAACAAAUUGUGCAUUCGAAAAUUCGAAAAAAUAUGAAGAAGAAGCAACAUUGGGGAUAUAAAAAAAAAAUUAAAAAAUCGUCUUAACAAUUCAUUUAUUGA